UUUUAUUAUCAACAGUCAUCACUGCUCAUCAUCACCAUCAUCAUAACCAUCAAGCUCCUUCUCCUCCCUCCUCCUCCUCCUCUUCCUUUCCUCCUCCACCAUUUCCAUCUAAAGAAGAAAAAGAACCAAAAGAAAAAAAAAAGUUGAAACCCAUUAAUCCAUUUUCUUUUUCUUCACAGAACCCCACCACCAUCACCACCACCACCACCCACCUCUACAAAACCCUAAUUACUUCUGCAACUUCUUUAAAAUCUUUAUUUUUCUUUUUUCUUUAAAACUUAAAUUAAAUGUUUGAGCCAUGGACAUAGGCCCAACAACCACCUCGACCACAAACAACAAUACCAACAACAACACAAAUACCCCCAAUACAAAAUCUCCUGACCAAGAAACGGAAACUCCUAUCCGGAUCCAACCAGCUAAGCCUUUAUCUCUCACCAACGGUCUUCUAAAACGGCACCAUCCUCACCAUCACCACCAUCACCACCACCAUCCUGCAACACCUGUAGUUGUAACUUACAAAGAAUGUCUCAAGAACCACGCCGCUACUUUAGGUGGGCAUGCUUUAGAUGGCUGUGGAGAGUUUAUGCCUUCUCCUACAGCUACCCACACUGAUCCAACUUCUUUAAAAUGCGCAGCCUGCGGUUGCCACCGCAAUUUUCACCGCCGGGAGCCUGAAGAUUCUCCUCCUCCAACUAACACCACUACUACCAUUGAGUACCAACCUCACCACCGUCACCACCCUCCACCACCACCCCCACAAGCACAAUCUUAUCGAAGCCCAAAUUCAGCCUCUCCGCCGCCGAUCUCUUCUGCCUACCCAUCUGCGCCACACAUGCUGUUAGCUCUCUCAGGUGGCGUAUCUGCUGGGUUAAACGAAAAUUCGAAUAUAAACGUUUCGGGUGGCGUUUCGGCAAGAAAACGUUUCAGGACAAAAUUUAGCCAGAACCAGAAAGAGAGAAUGUAUCAGUUUGCGGAGAGAGUUGGAUGUUUCAGGCAAAUUUAA